CUGAGCUCUCAGUCUCAACGAAAAAAGCACAACACAAUCACACUGUCAUUGUAAAAAUUUAGGCAAUCUGGUGUUGCUUGAUGAUAUGGUUAUGAUGUCAGGUGGAAGGUCCCAGCUUCUCCUGCUAGUUUUAUUUGUUGCAGUGUUUUAUCUUCUUCUUCAAGAGGAAACCACAACAGCUAACGACGUGAUAAUGUGCAAAGAGAGUGAAAGGCAAGCGCUUCUCGACUUUAAGCAAAGCCUUCAAGUUGUAGACCGGGCGGACUUUGAGGGCCUAUCUUCAUGGGAUGGAAAGGACUGUUGUGCAUGGAUGGGUGUCUUGUGCAACAGCCUUACAGGCUACGUGGAAAUGCUCCAGCUUAGCGGCUAUUUCUGGCUUGUAGCAGGUACAAUUAGUCCUUCAUUGCUUAAACUGCAGCAUUUGAGUGUUUUAGAUCUCAGUCAAAAUGAUUUUAAUGGAACUCUCAUUCCCGACUUCAUUGGUUUUCUCAAAAAUCUGACUCACCUUGAUCUCUCUCUUGCCAAUUUUAGAGGACCAAUUCCUUCUCAGCUAGGAAACCUUUCGAAGUUGGAGAUUCUUUCUCUGGGUGGUGACUUUGUCAAUCCAAAAUUAUUGAGUGUUGGAAACCUUGAGUGGCUUUCCCAUCUUACUUCUUUAAAAUACCUUGAUCUCAGUUUCACUAACCUAAGUAAGGCUAGUGAUUGGUCGCAAGUAGUUAACCAGCUUCCUUUCCUUGGAUCAUUGACCAUGAAAGAUUGUGAUCUUCCAAGUGCCUUUUCUUCAUUUCUUUCCCUCGUCAACUCUUCUACAUCUCUCACCGACCUAGAUCUGUCUGGUAACUAUCUCACUUCUUCUGCAAUAUACCCAUGGUUGUUUAAUGUUAGUAGCAACCUUGAGUUCCUUGAUCUCUCAAGGAACCACUUGAAAGGUCCAAUUCCAGAAUCUUUUGGCAACAUGGUUAAUGUGGUCUACCUUUCUGUGAGCCACAAUCAGAUUGAAGGUGGGAUAUGUAGUUCUUUUUGGAGUAUGUGUAGUUUGAAAUAUUUAGGCAUUGAGUCCAACCAUCUCAGUGCCUUCGGAUUUGUUCAGAAUACAUCUUUAUGCGCAGCUCACUCGUUGGAGUAUUUGACAUUAGCUGAGAAUCAACUCAUGGGUUCUGUGCCAAAUGAAAUGGCAAAUCUGUCAUCCUUAAUUACACUAGAUCUUGGGUACAACCAUUUAAAUGGAACCAUAAGCAAAAGCAUUGGGCAACUGUCCGACCUGAGGGUUUUACAGCUUGCAGGGAAUUCUUUUGAUAAUGUUGUGAUCUCCGAAGCUCAUUUCUCAAAUCUCACCAAAUUAAAGAAGUUAGACUUAUCCUACAGUUCGUUGACUUUAAAAUUCAACUCUGACUGGAUCCCUCCUUUUCAAUUGCAUUAUAUAUUCCUUUGCUCUUGCAAGUUAGGGCCUCGUUUCCCAGAAUGGCUUCGGACUCAAGCUAAAGUCUUUGCCCUUGAUAUCUCUGCUGCGAAAAUAUCGGAUUCCCUUUCCAUUUCGUUUUGGGACUUCUUGGGCAGAGUAAAAUACUUAAACCUCUCUUUUAACCAGAUCAACGGUACUUUCCCAAAUACUCGAGUUGAUUCCUCAUAUGGUUUUUUACAGUCCUUAAUCCUCUCCAACAACAAGUUUUUCGGUUCAAUCUCUUCAAUUUGCAGUUUUUUCAAUACAGCAGAUUUCAACUUGAUUGAUCUCUCAAAUAAUCAAUUUUCUGGGGUGGUUCCUGACUGUUUUGCACAAUUCCCAAAUUUAAUAGCUUUGAAUUUGGCUGACAACAAUUUGUCAGGCCCAAUUCCAAACUCCUUGGGAUCUUUGGCUUCUCUUCAAAUGCUCAAUUUACGUGGUAAUAGAUUCUCGGGAAAAUUACCUUCAUCUUUACAGAAUUGUACAAAGUUGAAGUUUUUGGACCUAAGUAACAAUAGAUUAUCAGGAACAAUUUCUUUAUGGAUCGGUCAAAAUUUGUCAUCCUUGGUUUUUUUAAGCCUUCAAAAUAAUCAAUUUCACGGGAAGAUACCCAAUCAACUUUGUAAAUUGAAAUAUAUUCAAAUCUUGGACCUCUCUCUAAAUAAAAUCUCUGGUACUAUACCACGAUGUCUUAGUAAUUUCACUUUUAUGACCCAAAAGGUGAAUUCAGAUCAAACGAUUGAGCAUCUCCUUACCAUAGUUCUGUCUAAUCCUUUUGAAAAAACAUUUAUUUUGAACACGUCCAUUGAGCUCAACUAUGUUGAUGAGGCAUUGCUUAUGUGGAAAGGAACAAAGCAAAUGUAUGCCAAGAUUCUUGGACUAUUAUUUGUCAUUGAUCUCUCCGGUAAUAAAUUAACAGGAGAGAUUCCUGAAGAAAUAACUAGUCUUCGGGAAUUAGUUGCUUUGAACUUAUCAAGAAACCUUCUGAGUGGCAAAAUCCCUCCAAAGAUUGGGCAGUUAAGACAAUUACAAUCGCUUGAUCUUUCAAGAAACAAUUUUUCAGGUUGCAUCCCUCCGAGCUUGUCUGAGUUAACAUUUCUAGGUAGCUUGGACUUGUCCUAUAAUUAUUUGUCAGGGAAAAUUCCAACAGGAUCUCAACUACAACUCUUUGAUCCUUCCACAUUUUCCCACAAUCACGGACUUUGUGGUCCUCCAGUUACACCAAAUUGCUCAAUGGAAACACCUCAAGGUCAACUCGAAAGAGGUGAAGAUGAUUUUGAUGAAUUCAUGAAAUGGUUUUAUGCUGGCAUGGGACUUGGAUUUGUGGUGGGUUUUUGGGGAUUUUGUGGUGCUUUCUUGUUGAAGCGUUCAUGGAGGCAUUCCUAUUUCCGUUUCUUGGACAAGGUGAAAGAUUGGCUCUAUGUUACAUAUGCUCUGCAGAAAGCAAGGUUGGAGAGGAGAAUUCAGACCUAA